GGUGCCUUUCUCUCGGCGGUCUGGAACGAGGCGACGGUUCGCGGCGAUGAGCGUUAUGGCGGCGGUUGGGGACGUGUUCCGGAGAGCUCGGGGAAGGACUCUGACUGCCUUCCGCCAAGGUGCGCGGAACUCCAGCGGAGGGCUGCGUGUUCCGGCGGGCUCUAUUCUCUGCCGCGCAGCUGGGCGGGAGGGAUGGGCUUGGCCGCGGCGGGGAGCGGAGUGCAGCGAGGUGGUGUCAGGUGAUGAGUACCAAUGGAAGGGACCUUUCUACUUCAUCCAAGGAGCAGAUCCUCAGUUUGGACUAAUAAAAGCUUGGGCAGUUGGCAAUACAGGAAGUGGAGAUGACGAAUGGGGAGAAGAAAUCAAAUUAACAGAGCAAGCAGUGCAGGCCAUUAACAAACUAAACCCCAAACCCAAGUUCUUUGUGUUGUGUGGAGAUCUUAUCCAUGGAAUGCCAGGAACUCAGUGGAGAAAGGACCAAGAGCAAGAUUUAAAGAAUGUUCUGAAAAACACUGACCAGGACAUCCCAUUGGUAUUUGUCAGUGGAAAUCAUGAUAUUGGCAAUACUCCAACAAGAGAAACAAUAGAUAAUUAUUGCAAGAGCUGGGGAGAUGACUACUUUAGCUUUUGGGUUGGAGGUGUUUUCUUUCUUGUGCUUAAUUCUCAGUUGUACUUCGAUUCCUCCAAAUGCCCAGAGUUAAAGCAAGCUCAGGAUGCAUGGCUUAAUGGGCAGCUGGCUGCUGCUGAAAAACGUAAAUGCAAGCAUAUAAUAGUGUUUCAGCACAUCCCUCUGUUUCUGAGAAAGCCUGAUGAAGACCAUGAUUAUUUCAACUUGGAAAAAUCAGUUCGACAAGAGAUAAUGGAAAAGUUCCAAAACGCAGGUGUUAAAGCUGUGUUUUCAGGACAUUACCAUAGGAAUGCUGGAGGAUGGUACAGAGGACUGGAAAUGGUGGUUUCAUCAGCAAUAGGAUGUCAGCUGGGAGAAGAUAAACAUGGGCUUCGAGUGGUCCUUGUCACAGAUGAAAAGAUUGUUCAUAGAUACUACAGUUUAGAUGAGUUGAGCAGCCAAGGCUUGGAGAAAGAGAUGGUGGAUAUGCUUGCUAAGCAAAAUUAGGAACUUUCCCUGGCACAACCUCUCAUCCUACUGCUAGUUACCUGGGAGAAGAGGCUGACCCCUACCUUGCUAUAACCUCCUUUCAAGGAGCUGCAGAGAGUGAUAAGGUCUCCCCCUGAGCCUCCUCAACUCCAGACUGAACAAUCCCAGUUCUUUCUGCCACUCCUCAUAAGACUUGUGUUUCAGACUGACUUUUCACAGCUUUGCUGCCUUUCUUUGGACACACUCCAGGGCAUCAACAUCUUCCAUGUUGUGAAGGACCCAGAACUGAACACAGCACUUCAGGUGUGGCCUCAUCAGAGCUGAGUACAGGAAGAUGAACACUUCCCUGCUCCUGCUGGCUGUGCUGUUUCUGAUAUAGGCCAGGAUGCCCUUGUUCUGUGUGGCCACCUGAGCAUACUGCUAGCUCAUGUUCAGCCAGCUGUUGACUAGUGCUCCCAGAUCCUUCUCCAGCAAGCUGUUUUCCAACCACUCAGUUCUAAACCUGAACUACUGCACUUGGUCUUCGUGAACGUCAUACCAUUGGCCUCAAUCUACCAAUCCAACCUAUCUAGAUCCCUCUGUAGAGACCUCCUACCCUCGUGCAGAUCAACACUUCCUCCCAGUUUGGUGUUAUGUGCAAACCUACUGAUGGUGCACUCUAUUCCCUCAUCCAGAUCAUCAGUGAAGAUAUUGGUAACAUACAUUAUAAGUAGAUGUGAUCUAAAUUAAUUGUAAAGAAGAAUAAGAAAUUAUUUAAGGUCCUUUUUAUCCACAUAUUCAUUAGGAUAAAAUUUUGCUGUUAUUUUGUUUUGCAAGCAUAGGAAGGAUACUGUUACAGAACUUGAUUAUGCAAUCCCUGUAAUGAUAUUCAAAGACAUGCUAUUCCUAAGUGAACUUGCUGCUAUUCAAAGACUUGGUUGUAAGGAGAGCUGGCAAUGCAAACUCCAGGAUGUGUGAUCCAGGGGCAUUAUUUCAGUGUUUCCUACAAUGUUAGGUGGCGAAAGCCACUUCACUUUGAGCCAUCAACUGCAGAUGAGGUCCUAGAAAUCUUACUUUUACACUAAGAUCUGCUGAAUAGCAAUCCUAGUUUAAUUAAAUCUGGGGUAGAUUCAGUCCUCUUGGGGACUCAAACAUAGUGAAGAUAUUGUUUCAUAACUAGGACACUGCCUGACAGAACCUUAGCAGAAAAAAACUACAGCUGGCUGUAAACCAGGAAACAUAAUCAAGACAGAGAUUUGAAAGAGAUUCAGACUCCUGAUCUGAGUUAACCACAGCUGGAGUCUGGACUAUAGAGGUUGAGCUCAUGUUUUUAAGUAAAGCUAGCCAAUGUUGGAGUUAGUUUGCUCAUUUAGCUGAAGCAAUUGAUUAUUCAAGCCAGGUAUUUCUUUGCUGAAAAAUGUCAGAGAAGAUAUAUAGAACUGUAGAUCCUAGUGAGAAAAAACAUAGUUCAGAAAUUGUCAUCGAGCACGUAACCUCCUUAAUGUAAUAAUUAAGGAUAAGGUCUAUUUCCAACCUUCUGAAUUUACAGUACUAUGUACUGAGAGAGAAGAUGGUAAUUUUAUCUGAUACUUCUUCAUAUACAUUUAGCAAGCAGAAGAUAAAUUGCUGCAAUUUAUUUUGAUCUCACUCUGGGUUGUCUCAGUCAUGUUUUACGUCUUUCUUCUCAGAUGUUUAUCUCAUUUUCUUUCUUAUAUCUGCAUUAAUAGCAAGCUAUAGAAAUAUGCCAUUGCAAGAAGUUUCUGUAUUAGAACAGUAAAGCAUGUACUUGUCAGAAUUACUGUAUGCAUUUAGGGAAAAUAGUUGCAAUUAAACUCUAAUUAUAAUUUAAGAUUAAUUAAAUGACUAACAAUAAAGAUUGCAUCUUUAUUUUUCUGCAUUCACCAGGCAGCCUUCUCUGGCCUUGUACGUGAACCACCCGAUACUCUACAAGGCCACAGGAAAGAGUUUAUCUAAACAAAGUCAUCUGUUUUCUUAAAAAAUAAAAAUAAAAAAAAUGCAUGAAUGUUUGCCAGGUGAGGAAGCUGCAGUUUGAAGUCUCUCCUUUAGCAAAAAUUGUCAAGGUAAAAGAGGAAAAUACACCUGAAAUACACAUUUUUAAAAUGUAAUAAAAAACUACAAACUGCAUAUGUCAAUAUCACUUAUUUCUCAUCUGGGGAAACUCAAAUAGCCUUUUUCUUCAAUGUUUACGCUCAUCCUUGACUCAUUUCUUUAAGGCUAUCAGAAAAGUAUAUUGUGUCCAGUGUUCCAAUUGCAGGAACUCAAAAGAGCCUCCAGUUGUGCACAGGAACUCUUACGGGAAGACACACUGAAGCAUCACAGAGGGAACAGUACAUCUUGAGUUUCCAGGACGUUCUCACUUUGUGGAUUCAGACACAAAUGGCAUCAACUUAGAUUCAAUACCAGUAUUUUAAAUUAGAGUCUACAUCCAGAAACAGCAUGGGGAACUGUCAGCAAGCUCUCCAUAUUUGGAGGCUUAAUAAUAGAGAAAGAAGAAAGGAUAGAUCAAUAGACUUUUUUUCCCCCACAGACUAAACCUUCCCUGAAAACAGGUACCAUGACAGUAACAUAUUACUGAAUAUUUAACUACAUUGCAUUUUUUUUUAAUCACCUCAGCCCUAAGAAGCUAAUAUUUCAGUGAUGAGUACUGCACAAGACAUGACUAAUGCAAUUUAAUGCACUUAGAAGUCUUGAUAAAAAUAACCAUUUAUCAAAGAAAGCUUUUUAGUUAAAAAAAAAUCUUUAUGAGUUUGAAUAUUCUUACAGCCUUUGCAAAGUAAAAUCAAGUUUCACUCAAAUUAAGACUUUAAAAGCCUUCAAAAACAUUAUUCAAAAACAUUUUGAUGUGCUGAAUUGUUAGCCACUUUUUAAGUGACAUCAAAGUAGUAGGAAAUUAAAAUCUUAGGAAUACUUCAAAAUAUCCUAUUUUGAUUACUUGAACUGGUACCAAACUGUAUGGAACAGUUGUAUUCAGAAACGUGAGUCUGUCAUCAUCUCUGCUCCUAGACAUUAAAUUUUCUUAAGCACAGCGUAAAAGAAGCAAAGUUUAGGGGAAAACAUAAUAUCUAAUGUUUAGUAUCAAGCAAAAUAUGUGGAAGUGGUUUAAUUUCCUUAUCUUAGUUGUUCUAAGCAAAAACUAGCAAUUCCAGGAUUUUAAAAUUGCUUCCUUGGCCUUUGCAAACUUCUGAACUUGUCAUCUAUUUAGUGAUAGUUGGAAUAAGCAAAGGCCACCACAGAAUCAAGAACAACAGUUGAACAGCAAGGCUAUCUUAAGCAAGUUACAGAACAGCGAUAAAAGGAUAACUUUUUAUUACGUUUUGUAUUUGUACGUAUUAAUUUACACACACACACACUAUAUAAUCUGAACAAAGGAACCUUCUCCAGAUACUAGAAAAACAUCACCAUUCCCUUAGCUAAUCAUGAGAUUGCUCGUAAUUGUGUCUGUGUACUGUUUUUUGUCAGUGAACUUUUUCUUAAGGUUCCUGUGCUUAUUCUAAAGGAAAUACAGCAAGAGAAAACUAGUGAGCAGUUUCAAUCCUUCAAAAUUAUUCAUAAUCCAAAAAAUUCACAAAAAACACAACCUAUACAAGCUUAUAUGCAAAGGGCAACAUUUUAAAUUUGUAUUGAUUGCAAAAGCUCUUUAAUGUUGAACAAUUUUGAAAGUCUCCAAUUAGCUGUGAAAGAUCCUGUAACACAUCCUAUUCAAUAAAUUCAUUAUUAAAACUUGCCUUCGCCUUAAUAUAUAAAUCACACUGUAUGUUAACAAAGAAACAGAAAGGUGCACUUCAGGUUGAGAGCUGCUCCUAUCACAUGCUUUUGACUUCAUUCUCAACAGCAUGUUUUUCACUUUAUAGUGGAAGAAACUGUUUAAGAGAAACCUAGAGCAAAACAACAAAAUACUGCUUUGAGACAUCAAACACAGUACAGAUGACUUCCCUCUGCCCAACCUACAGAUUGGUCAAUUUGGUUCAUGAGUUUACAGUAUUUGUUCUGAAAGAAAAAGAGGCCCCUACCCCUGAAGAGUGCUCCACAGCUGAAGUCAAUGGGUAAAUCAUGAUGAUCAUCUGUUAGGUUUAAUAGUUUAGUGUGAACUUGUUAUGGUUUUGUAAUUUUGCCAUUGAUAUUCCACAUCAUAACAUCACGUAAAGCACAAACAAUUAAAGAGUUAAUACUCCAGUUCCAUGGACUGACAAAUUUCCAGAUAUCUGGUUCUCAAAGAAGAACAACCACAUAUCACAGGGGACCUCAUGGUCAGAGAGGAAGGUACGUCACAGAUGUCACGGGAUCUCACUCUCGGACAGGAGCUCGCCCUCUCACUCACUGCCUGGCAGAGCGCAUGGGUGUGCUUCCAAGCUAUGUGCUUUCAGUUCAAAGUAGGCUUUUCGGUUUUGGAAAACACACUCUCUUAUUUUAUUUUAUUUAUUAGCCUAAAUUUCAAUUAGAUUGUAUUAUAUUGUGUUAUCUUGUAUUCCAAUAUCAUAGUUAAUAAAAUAAGUUUUCCUCCUUA